AUGAAGUAUCUCCACACAAUGGUGCGCGUUACCGACAUUGACGCCUCGCUGAAUUUUUACUGCAAUGCCCUGGGCCUGGAAGAACUGCGCCGCUACGACAGUGAGCAGGGCCGUUUUACCCUGGUCUUUCUGGCGGCACCCGGCGACAGCUCAGCCCAGGUAGAAUUAACCUACAACUGGGAUCCGGAAACAUUAUCCGGCGGUCGUAACUUUGGCCACCUUGCCUACGCAGUUGAUGAUAUUUACGCCACCUGCCAACGUCUGGCAGAUCAUGGUGUCAUCAUCAAUCGGCCACCGCGCGAUGGGCACAUGGCAUUUGUACGCUCGCCAGACGGCGUUUCGGUUGAGUUGCUGCAAAAGGGUGAAGCCCUGGCGCCAGCUGAACCGUGGAAAAGUCUGGAAAACAUCGGUCAGUGGUAA